AUGAAGACUACAGCACUUUGUGUUUUUGCUCUGUUCCUUUCUUCGAUGUUAGUUGAGGGUCUCAUAUCUAAUUCUCACUGCACUGAGAGAAAUAAUUGCGAUGGAAAAAAAGUACAUGAAUAAGUAGAAAUCUCUCUCGUUUUCAAUCCACCUAAAAUGUUUUAGAUGGUGUUAAUGUUUAAUUUGAGUUGAAUAUUCUAAGUGGUUUGAUCAGGAGUGGCAAUGUUUUUUCCUUUCAAAAGGAGAAUUUCCAAUAAGGAACACUUGUUAUUGAGCGAAGAAAUACCUUAUCUAUGUAUUUAGUCAUGUCAAAAUGAGCUGGAAUCUUUCAAUAAUGUUUUUUCUUUAUCAUUUCAUUCACGUCAUUGUUGAAGGAUCCUAAUUGUUCAACUCAUUUUUCUCACUAAAAGCCGUUUUAAAUUGUUUUAGGAAGAGCCUACGGAAAAGUUUAGAGAUGAAGAAGGAGUUAGAAAUUUAGAAAUGAUGAAGAUGAACAUCCGUAGGCGCUUGGAGGAGGUAAAUACAGGUUUUUAAUCUAUGGUCUCAUCGGUUUGUCUGGUUAACUCAAUAUCCAAAUAGUUGAAUUGGAGUAAGAAGUCAUUCGGUUCUUUCCAUGCAUUUUACUCAAAAUAUUCGUCAGAACGGUCUUGUUUUUUAUUUCUUUUUUUUUCGAAUAAUUUUAAAGAGAAAUUUUAAGAUUAUGUUUGUUGAAUCUUUGUAGGCAAAACGUGAGCAACAUUACCGGAGAGAAAUUUGCUUACGAGCCCGCGAGCUGAGAUGUGGAAUGGAACAAAAGAAAUAGGUUCACUGUAGUGAAGACUACACAGCUAACUUGAACUUAAAGCAUAAUUACAUUCCUAAAUGACAAAAUUGAGAUGUAGAUGCCUCAGCCGCUAUCAUUGAUGUUAUAUUGUGUGAAAAUCUAUAAACUAUUUGAAUUCAAUAAGGCC